AUGGCUAAAGUAUCACCGUUAUGGAAGUGGCUGACAAUUCUAUUCAUAAUCAUCAGUAUUGCUCUUCUAAUCGCCUUGAUAGUUGUAGCAUCUAAGGGCGAUAAGAAGAAAGAAGAGGCAGCGGUUUGUGCCUCAGGCAUGGAUGUAAGCGUUACUUUAAGCUCCGCAUCAGGGCCACCACAUCAAGGACUGUUUGAUGAUUUGAGCGCACUCGAGAUAAAGAAGGUUCGGGACUAUAUGUUCCAGGUAAAGCCUCUGGAUCUCAAACCUAACCAAGAACUCAAAAUCAAUUCCAACCGCAUUGCAAUUAUUCAGCUGUAUCCACCCUCGAAAGACGAUGCGUUGGCUUAUCUUGAUCAGAAGAAAGCGAUGAAACCCGAACGUCAGGCAAUCGUGGUUGUCUUCCGAGGCGCAUCCCAACCUGCAGUCGUAGAGGAGUAUAUCGUAGGACCCGUCGAUGCUCCAACCAAGCAUACACUAAGGAAGGUUGAUGGAAGGGAAUAUCCGAUCAAUUUUAACGCGAGGCCAUUCUCAACUCAAGAAGGCAUAGUCUUACAUAAUGUGAUCUUUACGGACGUGGGAAGAAAAGCUCAUGAUUUAAUCAAUGAAAGUUACGAUGGCUAUUCCUAUGGCGACAACUGUGUAGAGAAAUGCUUGUUUGUGCAAUUCGCUGCGCCAAUGGGCCUCACCAGUAAAACCAGAGACAAUUGGUUCGGGUUUUAUCGCCAUGAUUUGCCUUUCUACAUUCAUCCAUUAAAUUUUGAAUUCUACGUUAAUCAUGCUGGGAGUGACCCCUCGAAAUGGAGAGUUGAAAAGGUCUUGUACAACGAUCAACUAUUCGAUUCUGUGGAGGAGCUAAUGGCGGCUUAUCGCAAUGCAUCUCUUAUCAAGACAUUUAUCCCUGCAUUGAGUGACGAAGAAAAGAAGGGGCAAACACAUUGA